AUGGGAGUCAGUUUGUCUUUUUCCAUUUUCAGAACUUGGCUAAGAUUAAAGAGUGGUGCAUCAAAGGAAGAGGGAUUAACUGCUAAACUCAUCACAGCCAGGGGAAGCCGGCUGCCAUGCUGUGAGGACGCUCAAGCAGCCCUGUGGAGUGGUCUAAGAAGAACUGAGGCCUCCUGCCAACAGUUCCAACUCGCCAGCCAUGCGCAGGUUUACUGGCUGCCGCGCGCGGCCUCGGAACCGUGCCGGGCAGGCUUCGGGGAAGCUGAAGUGACCUUGGAGGCGCGAGGCGCGGAGCUGGAGCCCGGCCAGGCGCUGGGAAAAGUGGUCUUCACAGACUGCCCUGGGCAAGAGUCGGUCCUGAUGACUGACGAUGACGUCAUUGUUCUGAACGAUGAAACAGUCCAGGAAAGGAAAGCACCGAAGAUCUCCCCACCCGUACCUGUCUUACGAAGGCGCAAGAGAGAAUGGGUGGUCCCACCAAUAUCUGUGCCUGAGAAUGGCAAGGGUCCUUUCCCCCAGAGGCUGAAUCAGCUCAAAUCUAAUAAGGACAGAGGCACCAAGAUUUUCUACAGCAUCACAGGGCCUGGGGCAGACAGCCCACCAGAGGGUGUCUUCGCCAUAGAGAAGGAAACAGGCUGGUUGUUGCUGAAUAAGCCACUGGACCGGGAGAAGAUUGCCAAGUAUGAGCUCUUUGGCCAUGCUGUGUCGGAGAACGGCGCCUCUGUGGAAGAUCCCAUGAACAUCUCCAUCAUUGUAACAGACCAGAAUGACCACAAGCCCACGUUCACCCAGGAUGUCUUCAGAGGGAGCGUCUUGGAAGGGGUGCUACCUGGCACUUCCGUGAUGCAGGUGACAGCCACGGAUGAGGAUGACGCCAUCAACACCUACAAUGGGGUGGUUGCUUACUCCAUCUACAGUCAAGAACCAAAGGACCCGCACGACCUCAUGUUCACAGUCCACCGGAGCACGGGCACAAUCAGCGUCAUCUCCAGUGGCCUGGACCGGGAGAGAGUCCCUGAGUACACUCUGACCAUCCAGGCCACAGACAUGGAUGGGGACGGCUCCAGCACCACGGCUAUGGCCAUAGUGGAAAUCCUCGAUGCCAACGACAAUGCUCCUGUGUUUGAUCCCCAGAAGUACGAGGCCCGCGUGCCCGAGAACGCAGUGAGCCACGAGGUGCAGAGGCUGACAGUGACUGAUCUGGAUGCUCCUAACUCACCGGCAUGGCGUGCCACCUACCGCAUCAUGGGAGGUGACAACGGGGACCAUUUUACCAUCACUACUGACCCCGAGAGCAACCAGGGUAUCCUGACAACCAAGAAGGGCUUGGAUUUUGAGGCCAAAACCCAGCACACCCUGUACGUUGAAGUGAUCAACGAGGUUCCCUUUGUGGUGAAACUCCCGACCUCCACAGCCGCCGUGGUGGUCCAAGUGGAGGAUGUGAAUGAGCCACCCGUGUUCGUCCCGCCCUCCAAAGUCAUCGAAGUGCAGGAGGGCAUCUCCACUGGGGGGCCUGUCUGUGCCUACACCGCGCGGGACCCGGACAAGGGCAGUCAGCAGGUCAGUUACCACAUCCUGAGAGACCCGGCAGGGUGGCUAGCGAUGGACCCAGACAGUGGACAGGUCACUGCCGCGGGGGUCUUAGACCGUGAGGAUGAGCAGUUUGUGCGGAACAACAUCUACGAAGUCAUGGUGUUGGCCACAGAUGAUGGGAGCCCUCCCACCACUGGCACAGGGACCCUCCUGCUAACACUGAUGGACAUCAAUGACCACGGUCCGGUCCCCGAGCCCCGUCAGAUCACCAUCUGCAACCAAAGCCCUGUGCCCCAGGUGCUAAACAUCACAGACAAGGACUUGUCCCCCCACACUGCCCCUUUCCGGGCCCAACUCGCACACGACUCGGAUGUCUAUUGGACAGCAGAAGUCAACGAGAAAGGAGAUGCAGUAGCCUUGUCCCUGAAGAAGUUCCUGAAGCAAGACACAUACAAUGUGCACCUUUCCCUGUCUGACCACGGCAACAAGGAGCAGCUGACGGUGAUCAGCGCCACCGUGUGCAACUGCCAUGGCCACGUGAAGACCUGCCCGCCACGCUGGGAGGGGGGCUUCCUCCUCCCCAUCCUGGGUGCUGCCCUGGCUCUGCUGCUCCUCCUGCUGGUGCUCCUGUUCUUGGUGAGAAAGAAGCGGAAGAUCAAGGAGCCCCUUCUCCUCCCAGAAGAUGACACCCGUGACAACGUCUUCUACUACGGCGAAGAGGGGGGUGGUGAGGAGGACCAGGACUAUGACAUCACCCAACUCCACCGGGGUCUGGAGGCCCGUCCUGAGGUGGUUCUCCGCAAUGAUGUGGCACCAUCCUUCACCCCCACACCCAUGUACCGUCCUCGGCCAGCCAACCCAGAUGAAAUCGGCAACUUCAUCAUCGAGAACCUGAAGGCGGCCAACACAGACCCCACGGCCCCGCCCUAUGACUCCCUGUUGGUGUUCGACUAUGAGGGCAGUGGCUCCGAUGCCGCCUCUCUGAGCUCGCUCACCUCCUCGGCCUCUGACCAGGACCAAGACUACGACUACCUGAACGAGUGGGGCAGCCGCUUCAAGAAGCUGGCGGACAUGUACGGCGGGGGCCAGGAUGACUAG